AUGCUUAGGUAUCAAAAGUCGCAAGGUAAUCAUGGAUCAAACCAUGGCACCUUCGCAAUGUUUCUCAAUAAGCUAAUAUUAAAAAUAAACAAGAGGCUGCUGAAGAACAUUGAUAUCAGCAAAAAGGGUAUCUCGACUCAGGAGCUCGAUGAGACCCAAUAUGAUUCAGUCAUAGCUCUCAUUGCAUUUUACCUAGAGCAGGAUUCAUUGGACGAUUCUUUCUCUCUGAUAAUGGGAAAUUUCGAAGAGACGUUGCCUUUCACAAUAUUUGAAAGACAACCCCUUCAAUCCAAAUACUCUGAGCUAGAAGAGGAAUCAAUGGACAUGAGCAUAUUGAGCAGGAGCACUUCAAGACAAGAUUCGUUGUUUGCCUCUUAUGAAGUAACGGAAUCAACAGCCUUUGAAUCCAUAAACCUUGCUAACACCCAAAAUAUCAAGACUUUCCCAUGUAACUCAGCGUUAGUGGUACUAGAACAAAAACAACUAGAACCUUUAUGCUUUAAGUUACCUGUUGAGUAA